AUGGCCCAAAUAAUUGAAAAUCAAAAGAUACUCGAAUUCCUUGAAUUAGUUGGUCGCUUAAAACAUGUGAAAAGAACGGGUUGGGUUAUAUGUAAUAUAGAUGACUGCGAAUCCAUUGCUGGCCACAUGUAUCGCAUGGGUUUAAUGACUUUUUUACUAACUGAGGAAAAUAAUCCCACAAAUCUUGACCGCUUUAAAUGUCUGCAAAUCGCUCUAGUUCAUGAUCUUGCUGAAUGUAUUGUUGGAGACAUAACACCACACUGUGGAAUUUCUCCAGAUGAAAAGCAUAGACAGGAAGAUGAGGCUAUGAAAAAAAUUGCUGAACUAACUGGCAUUGCUGGUGAUAGAAUGUAUAAUCUUUAUAAGGAAUAUGAAAACCAGAGCUCACCAGAAGCAAGAUUUGCUAAAGACCUAGAUCGUUAUGAUAUGAUCUUACAGGCAUUUGAAUAUGAAAAACGUGAAAAUACACCUAAAAAGUUAGAAGAGUUCUUUAAGGCAACUGAAGGAAAAUUUGUUCAUCCAUUUAUUCAACAGCUGGUAACAGAGUUAUACAGACAACGAGAAGAGUUUGAAAAAAAAGUUCUCUUAAUUGGAACUGCC